GAACGUUUAAAGAUUGUUGGACAUCAUGUGGAAAUAUCUAACUAUACUUUCCCUCUUCUGCUGGGGCAGUUCAGUGGCUCAGUGUGGUGGUGGUUGCGGUGGUGGAAAUCUUAUGCCCACCUAUCAUCUUAUACCAGUGCGUCUGCUGCUAGAAGGUUCCGAUUUCGAAUUGAAACGUCCAACUCGCCAACAACAAAUCGUUCAAGAGGUUAUAAUCAAUGAAAGUUUAAAUGGUCCAGGCGGAUUUGGUGGUCCAGGUUUUGGAGGUCCUGGUUUCGGUGGCCCCGGAUUUGGUGGUCCUGGCUUAGGAGGUCCUGGAUUUGGUGGACCUGGUUUUGGUGGACGUCCAGGCUUUGGACGAGGUGGUUUUGGUCGUCCUUUUGGCUUUGCCCGCAGCUACGAACAGGAACCUGAAGAGCAACCAAGCUACAGUGCGCCUCCUGCCAAACCCACUGGAAUUCCUUCACCUCCCUGUCCACAGAAUUAUGUAUUCUCCUGUCAAGCCGUCAUAAAACCAGUGCCAUGUGCUAAGGGCUCACCCUGUGGUUAUUAAGAGAUCAAAGCACUGACAAUAUAUAAUAAACUGAAAACUUAAGAAAAACA